CUUAGCCGCAGUUAAGAGCGAAGUCUUUUUGCAAGGCCAAGUGUACCCCAUGGACAGCUGCAAGGCAAAGUGUACUUAUAGCAUUCUUCUUUUGAAUUCUCGAGGAUUUGAGGGCACCAAUCUGAGUCAUGUUCAGUUGUCCAGCCUGUGCGACGUCUUUCGUACUCGUCACCCUCCUUCGCCAUAACAGCGCCAAGCGCUUCACGUGUCGCAAGUUUUCUCGUACCAUCAUGCCCUAUGUAAACAACACUCUGGCCUCGCUUUUCACGUGGGACCAAAAGCCUCUAAAGAACCCAAGUUGGACAGCUCAAACCAAAACACAAGUGUUGUGCUUUUGCUUCGAGGGCACCAAUAUAGUCAUGUUCAGUUGUCGAAUGUGUGCGAUGUCUUUCGCGUUCGUGACCCUUCUUCGCCCUGAUGGCGUGAACCCCUCAAUGCCACACAUCGGCGCUUAUGAAGACUGUGAUAACUGCUCUUGCGUCCACUCGUACGAAACAUCAUGCGUGGUAAACAGAUACCCGGAAUGCUGGUGCUACCAUGGAAAAUACCGGCGAACACCUGUAGGCGACUGUGUCGCGAAGAAUGACUGUAUCGCAAGCCCGCUGGUGUAGGGCGUGCCGAAAGCGCGAAUGAUUGCUUCUGCAUUUUAAGAGUGUGUACACCACUGGAGUACGGUAGCGAGAAGCCAUAAUAAAGAGCUUUAUUUCUUGA